CAGGUCUAUGGUCCGUGCAGUGCAGCAGGCGUUGGGAAAGCGCCUGGUUGAGAGAGAACGUUGGGAGCCCUGGGGUCUGCCCUGUGUUGCAGUGGGCUGCGCCGUCCUGGGGUCCUUGUCCAUCAGAGGUCUUGUCUUUGACUGUGCAGGAGGCAGGGGUGGGAGGGGAGUCCUCUGGGUAAUGGUGGUGUGGAGAGAGGGCCGUGUGAGACCUGUUUCCUCUGCUACACUGGAGAGGGUGGGCAAGUGAAUGGCUGGCUAACGCGGGGUUGGUGGUUUCAUCACCUCAGAAACCUUAUCAUGUUCCCUCACCCCCCAACAGUAGGCAACACUAUCUGCUUUUUCUCGCUGUAGACUUACCAGAUCUGGCCACUCAUAGAAAUGGGCCUGUAUAAUGUAUGGUCUUCUGUGUCCGGCUUCUUCACUUAGCACAGAAACUCUCCCCAGUGCCUGGGAAUUCUUCUUGGAUUACUGCGUUUUCAGCAGAGUUUUGUGAGCGUCUCACAUCUGCACCUGGAGAAGAAAGGUUUGUGCACGGGCUCUCCUGGCGUCUAUCUCAGCGCUGCUCUUCCAGAUGUGGAAAGCCUCGGCCGUCCACACUGUGUCCAUCACCCCGGACGACGGGGGAGCCGACACCUGGGAGGACUGCACCCGAUUUUGUGAAUGACGUAAGUGAAAAAGAGCAGAGAUGGGGGGCCAAGGCCGUGCCAUUAUCUGGGCACCAGGAACACAUCAAUAUCCACAAAUUGCGGGAGAAUGUGUUUCAAGAACACAAGACCCUCAGGGAGAAAGAGCUGGAAAUGGGACCCAAAGCCUCGCACAGCUACGGACGGAAGUUUGGCGUGGAGCAGGACAGGAUGGACAAGUCAGCUGUCGGCCUUGAGUAUCAGUCAAAGCUGUCCAAGUGCUGCUUGCAGGUUGACUCCAUCUGGGGGUUUGGAGGCAAGUUUGGUGUCCAGUUGGCCAGAGUGGACCAGCUUUUCUGUUCCAGGUGGCUUUUCACCAGAACAUGGGAGGCUCCGAGGGACACACAAGGGCGAACCCUCAGUGCUGGCAGGUUCACGGGCCACAGGGGACACCGCCUCGGGACCUCACCCACACUGGGGCUCAGAGCUGGGGGUGACACCCCACAACGCCCCCCCGACAGAUUGCUGACACCAGCUGCGGACAGAACGCCCUGGCUGACUCAGCCGUCUCAUCAAGGGCGAUCUCAGAACUGAAAAUCCUUGAAGCAGGCCUGAAGUCUGUUUUCUCACUAUGGAACACUCAGACUUCUCCUAGGAGAAGACAGCUCCUCAGGAAGCCCAGUUUCUGGGGAGCAGAAUUCGGGCACACCCACCAGAUCUCUUCGUUGAUGGCGUCCAGCUGCUCCUGAAGCAUUCAUUGGAGGCAGAGUCUCAGCAUCGGCCUGCGCGCUGGGCGGCAGCUGAGUGGCCGAGCUGAGGAGGGUGACCCCAUCGCCCUCGCUGUCAGACACGCCCUCGUCUCUCUCGAUGGCCUGGACCACAGUGGCUGGCAUGUGGGCCUGCUGUGCACACUCCCAGUCCUGCUCCCUCUGGGUCUGCACCUGGGCACGAGAGGACCACAGCUCGUCAGCGACAUUUAGGACAGCUCACGUCUCAGGAACCGAACACAAUUUUACAUGGAAGCCCGGACUUUGGAGAAGCGGCCAUGCUUAGGAGACACUGCCAUCUCUUAAGCGAUCAGUACUGAAGAAACGGGCAGGAGGAGAAUGCAGUUCCUAGAUAGCCUGAUGACAUCAGGUCUUAGCGUGGGCGGAAGGCAAUCCUAUGAGGUUAUUCACAAAGGUGGGCUGAUGGAGUCAGAGACAAAACCCGAAAAUUUAAAAAAUACAUCCAGGCCUCCAUCAGCGAGGCUGAAGGAAAAUAAGAAAAAAAAAAUCCUUCAGCUCCGCAGCCGCUGGGUCCACCUCAGCGGUCAUCACUUGUGCUAGUUCCCCGUGGAGUGCCGUCCUCGCAGGUUCCCAGCCCUCCGUGUUCCAGGCUGGUCUGAACACGCAGACAGGAGCGAGCAGGGGCAGCCAGGGGACUGGCAUCUGAAGUUCACCACUAAACACAGGCACCGAAAUCAGUGGGGUAAAUAACAUCUGAUGUUCACCACUAUAGCCUUUAUACUUAAAAUGAAAGGAUACAAAUGACAAACCCUUAACUGAAAUUACACUAUGACUGAUCAAACUUACCUCUUUGAGACAUUUAUGCCAACUAAUACUUUUAACUGGGGGCUUCCCAGGUGGCUCAAUGGUAAAGAAUCCGCCUGCCAAUUCGAGAGGGCAGGUUGGAUCCCUGGGUCGGGAAGAUCCCCUGGAGUAGAAGAUGGCCACCCACUCCAGUAUUCUUGCCUGGGAAGUCCCAGGAAGAGAGGAGUGUGUUGGGCUACAGUCCACGGGGUCGCAAAGACUCGGACAUGACUGAGCAUGUACUCAGGCAAUGCUUUUUAACCAUAUGAAAUUCUAACUUCUUACAGAAAAACUGUAUUCACAAGAAUUCAAGAAGCUCAAAAGUCAACUAGUUCCAUAAAUACGUGCAUCAUCCACCUGACCAGGCAGCAAGUGUACAAAUGCAGGCCGGCCGGGUGGCUGGUACCUUCUCGUCCAGGGCCUUGUGGUGCUCAAAUAGACACUUCAGCGCCCUGAGCACCUCCACCUCGCUGAUCAUGCCGGCUGGGGACUGCGCCUGCUGCUUGUCCGCCGUCAUCCGGAGGGAUGGCACGUACUGGGAAACCAGGAGCUCCAGGUGCUCCAGCAGCAGCUGCAGGGCGGGGCCAGAGCAGCACCUUCAACCUCACACUUGAAUUCAGGGCCGAGAACUCCUCUCAGCCUCACGCUAAAGCCGAAACCACGCUAAGGCACGUCGGAUUCCCGCCAGUUCAGUCUAAAGUUAGAGUGGACUUCCCCAGUGGCCCAGGAGUUAAGACUCCACACUUCUGCAGGGGUCAUGGGUUUUAAUCCCUGGUCAGGGAUCUAAGAGUCCACAUAAACUGUAGCAUGGCCAAAAAUGGAAGUUAAGAGAACUCCCCCCUCAAAUGUACUAAAAUUACAUUCGCUCUCAUCAUAAAUUUGAAGCAAACUAUGAGAACCCCAAGCUGAUCCACCUUGGUCUGCCCAGUGGGAAGAUGUGAAAAAUGACUUGAAAACCAGACAGACUUUAAAGACAGCAACACGGAGCCCAGCGGAGAGCCCCGUGGGCACAGGUCAGCACGGGAGACUCCGCCUACUGACCCUGAUGUUUUUUCUCUCUGCUCUCAGCUGAGCAAUUUCUUCUUCUCUGGCAAGAAGCUGCUCCCUGCACACAUUCAGUUGUUGACGAGAUGUUGCCAACUCCUAGAAAACAGUUAAAUGAGGAAGUAACUAAA